UGAGCCAGCCACUAUAUAAAUAAGCAACAGGGUGCCCGUUGACUGUCCCAGAAGCGGAAGACCCAGGGCACAAAAGGAAGAGUUCCCGGCCUCUUUGGAACAGUGACCGUGACUGCACCAUGACCAAGCUCACGCUACUUGCAGGCCUGUGCCUGGUGCUUAGCCAGCUGGGCUCUGCAAUGGACAUGGUGUGCUACUUCACCAACUGGUCCCAGUACAGACCUGGGACUGGGAAGUACACCCCUGACAGUGUGGACCCAGCCCUGUGCACUCACCUGAUCUACGCCUUCUCCAUCAUCAACUACGCCAACGAGCUCGUCACCUACGAGUGGAACGACGAGGUCCUCUACAAGUCCUUCAACGGCCUGAAGACCAAAAACCCCCAUCUGAAAACCCUGCUGGCCGUUGGGGGCUGGAACUUCGGCACAGCUCAGUUCACCAUCAUGGUGUCCUCAGCAGCCAACCGACAGAAGUUCAUCCAGUCCUCCAUCAAAUUCCUGAGGACCCAUGGCUUUGAUGGCCUGGACCUAGACUGGGAGUACCCUGGCGCUCGAGGGAGCCCCCCAGAGGACAAGCAGAGGUUUACAGUGCUGUGCAAGGAGCUUCUGGAGGCCUAUGAGGCUGAGGGCAGAGAGACUGGGCGUCCCAGACUGAUGCUCACAGCUGCAGUAGCAGCUGGGAAAGGAACCAUUGAUGCUGGCUAUGAAAUCGCUGAAAUACAUAAGUACCUGGACUUUAUUAACGUCAUGACCUAUGACUUCCACGGAACUUGGGAGAGCUUCACCGGACACAACAGCCCCCUGUACCGAGGCUCUCAGGACAAGGGAGACCUCAUCUACUUCAACACGGACUUUGCCAUGACGUACUGGAGGGACCAGGGCACCCCGGUGGAGAAGCUGAGGAUGGGCUUCGCCACAUACGGCCGCACGUUCCGCCUCACGUCCGGCGACAGCAGCGUGGGAGCCCCCGCCAGCGGCCCCGCCUCCGCCGGACCCUACACCAGGGAGGCCGGCUUCUGGUCCUACUACGAGAUCUGCACCUUCCUGCAAGGCACGACCCUGCAGUGGAUCCCAGACCAGAAAGUUCCGUAUGCCACCAAGGGCAACGAGUGGGUGGGCUUUGACACGCAGGAGAGUUUUGAGACCAAGGUGCGCUACCUGAAGGACAAAAAGUUCGGAGGGGCCUUUGUGUGGGCGCUGGACCUGGACGAUUUCGCCGGGCAGUUCUGCGGGCAGGGGAAGCACCCUCUGAUGAGUCACCUGCGCAAGCUGCUGGAGAUCGAACUUCCACCUCUGCCCCCACAACCCACCCUCCCACCCGGGGUAACAACCACCGCCAGGCCCACCACACGCACCACCACCACCACCACCUCCACAGCGCCCCCUGGCAGCGGAUUUUGCGCAGGCAAGCCCGACGGCCUUUACCCCAACCAGGAAGACUCCAACUCCUUCUACCAGUGCGCGCAUGGCAGGACCUGGGUACAGAAGUGCCACCCGGGCACCAUCUUCAGCAACAGCUGCAAGUGCUGCACCUGGCCGUAGGAAGCCGAGUACACCUGAGCUCCCCACGCCUGCAGCACCACGGAAGCGACCAUCUAACCCAGCGCUUUGCACUAUUUUUUUCUAACCUCUUGCAUUAAAAAAUAAUAAACAAAGAUAAAAAAUUUCUUUGAAGCAAAAAAAAACAGCUCAUUUUGUAA